AUGUUCGUUGAAUUGAUUCCCACACCCACACCCAAAUCGAAAAACAAAGUAAGAAAAUAUUCAUUUUCAAUUUCAUCGAAAACUGUUCAAUCUCAAUCAAUAGCUAUCAAAUUGAAUUCAAUAAAUUGUAAAAAAGAAUCAUCGGAAAGUAAACGGAAAAAAACGAAUUCUAGAUUCCAAAAAUCGGAAUCUUUUGAAUGUGAUAAAAAUUUACAAACAAGAACAAAAUCCAUUUCGUCGAUGUUACGCGAAGCGUCUGAACAAAAUUCUUCAAAUUUUCGUCGGCAAUUCUAUCAAACAAAUCGUGAUUCAAUUAAAUUUUCUCUCAAAGGUCAUCCUCAUAUCAAAAUAACCAAUAUUCGUCUUGCACAUGCGAAUGAAUCAGUUCAAAAGGAUUUUAUGAAAACAUUCAAAAAAGAAUCUUCACAUUCUCCACAAUUAGUUACCAUGGCACAAAAUCAGAUAAUAUUGGAAGCAUUCUUCAAUAUGGAUUUUUAA